AUGACGCAUGCAGCCGUGGGUUUAUGGAUCUUAUCUGCAGUGAUCUGUGUGGGGAGAGGCCAUCUCCCUGGUCAUGGUCCCCCUGGUCAUGGCAAAGAUCAAGACACUGCCCUCGAUGGUCUUGCUAACAGCCUCUCAGUGGUGACUUCAGCAAACAAAGGGUUUGCCUACCGUCUCUACAUGAAAUUAGCAGCUCAUGCUGACUCCGAAGGCAAGAAUAUCUUCUUCUCUCCAUAUAGUGUCUCUGUCGCCUUGGCUGCCUUGUCCGUAGGAGCACGAGGGGAGACCCACCGUCAGCUUUUCAGUGUUCUGGGUUUCAACAACUCCUUAAUGACGCAGACAGAUGUAGAUCAGGCCUUCCAGAUGCUCCUCAAAACGACAAACGGCACUUCUCAGGAAGACACCAGCGAAGGGACCGCUGUAUUUGUGGACAACCGCUUCAAGGCCCAGCCCGAGUUCCUGGAGACCUUGAAGCAGUCCUACUUUGCAGAUGGGUUCAACCUUGACUUCACCCAAACCACAGAUAGCGCCAAUACCAUCAAUAAGUAUGUGGAGGAGAAGACCAACGGAAAGAUAGACAAACUGGUCGACAGCGUGGAUCCAAACACCGUCAUGUAUCUCAUCAGCUACAUCUACUUCAAAGGAAAGUGGGCGACUCCAUUUGAUCCCAAACUCACCAAAGAGGACAUCUUCAUGGUGGAUGAGAACACCAAGGUUCCAGUCCAGAUGAUGAAUAUGGAGGAGCGUUUUGAUACAUAUUACGACAGGGCCAUUAACACAUCAGUCCUCCACCUGCCCUUCGACAGCUCUUACUCCAUGCUGCUGUUGUUGCCUGACGAUAUGUCAACACUGGAGAAUGCCAUUUCUCCAGCCUAUGUCACCAAAUGGUUGAAAUGGAUGACGACCAGGACACAUGACAUAUAUAUUCCAAAGUUCUCCAUCAAGAGUUCCUACACACUGAAUGAUGUGCUGACUGAAAUGGGAAUGGCAGACAUGUUUGGUGAUCGUGCAGAUUUGAGUGGCAUUUCAGAUGUGAAAAAACUGGCAGUCUCAGAUGUUGUUCACCAAGCUACCCUGGAUGUCGAUGAGGCCGGAGCCACUGCUGCAGCUGUCACAGGCAUUGGUAUCACACUUCUGUCAUUCCGCCAAAUCCCUGUCUUGAAGUUCAAUCGUCCAUUUAUGGUUGUCAUCACUGAACGCAACACAGAAAGAAUGCUUUUCAUGGGCAAGAUUAUUAACCCAAACCUCUGA